GACAUCUCCGCUCCCCCCCAAAAAAAGACCCUAGAAAGCUAGUUCCAUGAAUCCCUCCGCCUCCCUGGCCCCGCCGCCGCCGCCGCCGGAGAGGGACUGGGCCGCGCUGCCGCGUGACGUCCUAUGGGCUGUCUUCGUCAGGGCUGGGCAAAGAGAGCUCCUACGUGGCGCUGGUUUCGCAUGCGCCGCGUGGUGGCGCCUCGCGCGCCACGAACCCCUGCUGUGGCGGCUCGUCGACCUGGACUUCUCGCUGGACGAUAAACAGAGAGAGGAGCCGGAAGAGGAUGCUAAUAGCACCAUCAGCUAUUACACCGUCAACCCUGAGGAAGAUUCAGUCGAGCACGACAACUCCAUCAUCUCCGCUAAAUCCCUUUUCAAUGCCGACAACGACUCCGUCAUCACCGACGACGAUCUUUUCGGUAACUACGACGACGAUGGCGCCUUCGGAAGCUCCCUUCUGGACGACGACGAAGGUGGCACCUCCGGGUGCUCGUCCCGUCCCGACGACCAAUUCGAUCUGAAGGGAUGGGAGGCCAUGGCUCGCGCUGCCGUGGACCGCAGCGCCGGACAGUGCGAUUCUUUUUGCAGCCGUGCUAAUGAUGAGCUCCUCCUCUACAUCGCUGAUAGGGUACCAUCUUUAAGAAUCCUGCAUAUAACCUCGCGCUACGACGUGUCUUCCAGCGUACUCUCUGAGGCUAUAAAGAAGCUCCCUUUGCUUGAAGAGCUCGAUGUUGUUCUCAAAUCUGAGUCCAACCGCCGGUGCCAUUCCGACAAUUCCUGGGCAGAGGUGCUCCGGUCUGCUGCUGAAGCCUGCAGCCAUCUGAGACACUUUGCAGUGAGCCAUGAUGGGCCCAAAGGGGUCGCUAACAUUUACUACUGGGGCAAGCGCCCCAAGGAUUUUGCAAUCCUGACGAUGCUUUGCCUGCACUCCCUCAAGCUGUUUGGUAGCUCCUUCACGCGAGAUGUAGUGCUGAGUAUCGUUGGCAGCUGCCCCAACCUGCAGUCUCUUGACCUGACUCAUGCUGCCUACCUGAAAAUGGAUGGGGAGCUGAUGGCCAAGUGUUCCAUGAUAAAGGAUCUGAGGCUUCAAGAUGAUGACUCCAGCUCAUGUGAGGAAAGCGGAGACGACAUUGGCGGGAUCAUAAACUUUCCUUUUUAGUCUGUUAAUCGGCUCUAGAAAAAUACUAAAUCAGUUGGUUCAACAUUGUUCAGUUCAGCCCUCAAAAUUAUAGAAGCUCACCUCGUGUAAUUUUAGUUCAAAUGUUGUCAAAAUUGUAGAAGCAAACAUGACGAGUUGGGUUGGACACACCAGCCAUGCAUAUUGCUUUGGGUUAAUCACACUUAAACUCAACUUCUUUUCCCCAUGGGCGCUAAGCCAUGUGAUGUCGGAUUGAAAAAGUAUGAGUUAACAUUUUGACUUUUUGGUUUAUUGUUAUCGGAAAAGCACGAGUGGACACAGGGUUUCGAAAAAGUAGGAUUAUUGAUUAACUUCAUUUGCACGUAAACCCUGUGUCCAUUCUCCAAUCAUGUCUUCCAUGAUAGUCUCUCUGUAAAAGGGCUUUCCAUAUUAUUCUCGGUAUGAAUAUAAUUUACAGCAAUCACAUCUGAGUUAAUGAAUGUUCUGAUAUAUGUAAGCCUCCAUGACAGGUAUUGCUUUCUGAAUGAAUGCCAAGUCGAAUAGAAGCUCACUUAAUCUCCACACGGAAGACCUUUCUGAUCUAGCAGUGUGACACCAGGAACGCAGGCUUUAGCUCGAUCUGGCUGUACCAAGGGUAGGAAAAGAAGGCGGAGACAGAGUUUUUCUUCCCCGCAGGCUCGUGGGCUGGUGGUGGUGGAGUUCGGCUCUUCGUGGGCGCGCAGGUGUACCACAUGCUGCUGUAUCUCCAGGUCUGAUGUGGUGCAUGUCGUCUUGCAGCUGUUCCCUGAAGAUGGAUAUAGUUUCAUCGUCAGAAUCAAAUCGUGAGGAGCAGGAGAGUUGCCAGGAGGAGCCUGGUGUCCCGCCCCAUGGCCAUCGUUGUGUGCAGCGCUAUGCUUCUUGGUGGCCUUGUGUAUGGAGUACCUUGACGACUCAUGGUCUCUACGUAUUUAUAGACGGAGGAGUUACAAGGAUACCUGCAAAUUAUUUGACGUUAUAUAAUUGCAAAGAGCUAGAAUAAAAUAUUUUUCGUCACCCAAAUGUCAUGAUAGUAUACAUUUGGUCUCUUUCUUUUCCUUUUCUACAUAUUUUGUCCCUCAGUUCCUAAAACCAAACAAAUUUUGGUUCAUUGGGCCAUUCAAAGAAGUAUUGGUAGCAA